GACCACGGUCUGCAGGUAGCUAGCUAGUAACGUUAGUUAGCGAGCCUUAGGCACAGACGACAGGAUGGGGGUAUCCGAUUUACAAUUCGAUACAAAUGCUGGACCUGUGCUGGAUCUUUCAGCCAGGGGUAUGCAAAAGCUGGAUCAGAGUUUCACAUGCUCUGAAGACACUCACACUCUCAUCCUGGAUCGUAACCACAUAAUGAAACUGGACCAUCUGGAAAGGAGCCCAGGCCUUCAGCAGCUUUCUGUAGCCAGUAACCGUCUGGUGAGAAUGAUGGGCGUGUCGCGGUUAACAGAGUUAACCGUCCUCAAUCUGCCAAAUAACAGUAUUGGAUACAUCGAGGGGCUCAGAGAUCUGCCACACCUGAAAUGGCUCAACCUGUCAGGGAACAACAUCAAGGUCAUUGAGCAACUCAACAACUGUGUUUCCCUUCAACACUUGGAUCUGUCGGACAACAGCAUAUCUUCCAUUGGUGAUGUGACUAAACUGGUGGCAUUGAAGACUCUGUUGCUCCAUGGAAACAGCAUUACAACGCUUCGUUCUGUUCCUGCUCACCUCCCGGUCAACUUAUCCAUCCUCUCCCUGGCAGAAAAUGAGAUACAGGAUCUUAAUGAAGCAUCACACCUGGCUCCUCUCCAUGAACUGGAGCAGCUGUCCGUUAUGAGCAACCCGUGUGUUAUGGCAACAUCCUCAUUGCCAGGUUUUGAUUAUCGGCCAUAUGUCAUGAGUUGGUGUCUGAGCCUAAAGGUUCUGGAUGGCUAUGUUGUGUCACAGAAAGAAGGUCUCAAAGCCGAGUGGCUCUACAGUCAGGGGAAAGGGCGUUCAUACCGACCGGGUCAGCACGCGCAGCUAGUUCAAUACCUGGCCACCGUUUGCCCUCUGACCUCCUCACCAGCCCUGGAGACGGCAGAAGACGCCAAACUGGAGAAGAUCCUCAAUAAGCAGAGGUUUCACCAAAAGCAGCUGUUGGAGGAGACUCGAGAAGGCUGUCCCAGUCCGCCUCGUCCGACUCAGCUCGACGUGGAGAGCCACAGUCCAUCCCAUCCAGUCCCACAAGGGGGAGCCAGAGAGGUGAAGCAAAUCAGUGCAGCGGCACCGCCUGCUGCUCCCUCAGUCCAGCAGACAGAGCCAGUCGUGCAGUUCAACACCUGGAUGAGCUGCGACUCCUCUCACCCGUCACUGCCGGUAGUUCGCAGCCCGAGGCUUGGAAAGGAGCACGUCUAUCUGGAGGAUGUUCAGACGGAUGAGGAGAAACUCAAUGGCAGCAUGCUUUCCUCAGAGUCCACUUUUCUUCCCUUCACACCUGAACUGGAGCUGCAAACGACCCACUCCGACACCGAAGAUGACACCGAGACAUUUGAACCUGAUUCCCUGGCUCCAAAGCAGCCAGCGCAACACAAGCAGCGCAACACAAACAAGACACAUCAUUCACCCCUCGUGGAUCAGCCAGAGAGGGGUCUGGGAGAGGAAGGUAUUGCUGGUGCUACAACAGGUGAAACAAUGGACGUCAGCGAUAGCACACUUAAAAAUGAUCUGGAAACCUCCUCUGACUUUGGUGAAGCUGAGAUAAAAGAAGCCCCCAAGCAGGAAGAAGUCGGUCUGUGUGCCGCUAAAUCGAGUUCGAUGGCAGCAGACGGGGCGGCGGUUAGAAUCCAGUCAUGGUGGAGGGGACAGCACACCCGGUGUUGUCACCCCAUGGCCAAAGAGGUGCGCAGUGAAAUUCGCCUGCGCAGGAUGCAAGACCACAUCCUCUCCCUGUCUGGACAGUUGGGCAGGGUUCAGCAGCAGUAUGAAGAAGAGAGGUUACAAAGGCUGGUUCAGCAGGAAGCUGUAAAGUUUCUGUGGAAACAACUCCAGUCGAUGCAGCAGUGGAAGCGGUCUGUGGAGCAGCAGCUGGCCAGCAUCAGUCAGGCGGUCACCCCGGUCCAGAUCUCCGCUCCCGGACUCUGUGUGGCUGUCGCGCCCGUUGCAUCCAGCACCACGAACCCACCCGCCAGAGACCUCUCGUUCCCAGACUCGGGCUUCCAGUCGACGAGUGACCAGCAGGCAGCGGCGGAGGACAGUUUCCUGAGCAGCGGGACAACAGACUCUCUGAAGACAGUGCGAGCCCUCAGCCCUGUUCAGAGUGGCUUCGCUGGUGCCAGCGAUGGUGUGGACAGUGCAGACUGCAGCCUGCUGGAGCAGUACCUCUCCUCCGUACAGCAGCGCGAAGAGGAGGCCGAGGAGGCGUUUAGUGAUGGAACAGAAACGGAACAGUCCUCCUCACCAGUAUCACCCAGCAAAACAACACAGGCCAGCCCCCUCCCCUCAGACAACCAAUCAGAGCAAACCCCUCAUGGCUCUGACUGAGUCUCCACCCAACGACUGAGUGUCUGUAAAUGUGCACCGACUGUCAGACAGUCUCAUCUGUACUCCUCUUGAUUGCUGACCCUGAUCUCAAAAAAGCACUUAGUUUUGCGAGUUCAUCAAGACUGAUCCCAGGAGAGGCUCGAGAACAACACACAACUGUGAAUGUAAGUCACUGUAACUCAGCUUUAUACAUUUGAAUCUGUUCUGUUAUUUAACUAUUUCCUCUCUGUGUAAAAGCUUCAGAAAAUAUUAGUCUCUUGAAAGUAUUUAUGAUGGAAGUAGGUUGCUAGCUCUCCUGGUUAAAAGACCAGGUAUUGUUUAUCCUCUUCUCUUUAUCAACAUCCACUGUAUUAAAUACAUGUGAUAAACCACAAAUGAUCUGAUUAGUUGUUGAUGUGUGAACGUUGUGUACUUGUCGCCACAAAUAUGCAACGACAAGCUUCCUAUCAAUCAAUCACAUUUAAAAGUUGAACUGUUUAAUAUUUUUUGUUUUUAGAUCACAUCAUAAAAUCUUGUAGCAUCUUUAGCUUGAAAAAAUGGUAAUAAAUAUUAAAUGAUUAUUUUCCAAUUA